GCAAGCCACGAUCAAGGAAAACCUUGGCAGAUUGAGGAUGCAUACAAGAAAGAAUAUAAUAUCAAAGACAAGCUGGCGCCAAUAUUCUGCUCUGCAUCGCAUGGCAAACCGUCAAAUACCAUUGUGAAUACGACUGGAAGAGAGAUUAUCACUAUUGACAGUGAAAAGAGCUCAGACUCGGACUCGGAUGCCCCUCUAGUGCUUUUUGUCGGCAGAAGGAGUGGUGUUGCAUUGCCUCCGAACGCAUCAUCGAAGGACGUAGAAAAGCAAAGGAAGAAACAGGAAAAGAAGCAGCAGAAAGAACAGAAAGAAAAGGAGAAAACAGAUAAGAAAGAGAAGAAGAAGCAGACAAAACCGAAAUCCGAGGAGUCAAAUGCGAAAGAAAAUGGAGGACUGGAUAAAUUCAUGACAUCGGCGACCCCUGCCAAUGGCAGUGAGCAGUCCAACACCUCCAGCAGCUCUCUGCUCACGCCUCAGAGUUGGAGCGAAAAGCGAUUCAAUUCUGCUGUGGAUAGACUUAAGGAAGCCUGGCGGAAACGAGAUGAGGAAGAGUUCAUGGCUGCUGCAUCACGAGCUGCAAAGCUGCUUUCUGGCGUGCAAAUUGAUAAAAUCCCUCAUGAAUGCCAUCGCUACGCUGUAAGGCAUGCAUACGAUAAAGUAAAGGAUGCUGAGAUUUUGUGAGU